GGAGGGGGCACUCCGUGUAGAUAGAGAUACAGGCAUACUCCGCUGUCUCUCCGGGUAUCUGCAGGUCCUGCUGCACCUGCUGCUCCAGAAGAACCGGAUCCUCUGCCCCAGAGCGGUCGCCAUAUGGACGCGCAGCCCGAGCAGAGCCCCAGACCCGCGAGCACCCAGUGAGCGCCAUGUCCAGGGACAGCGUGCAGAUCCCCGACGACCGCGACUUCCAGAACUUCAGGACGGACUGUCUCUCGGAGGCGGGAUGGAGCCUGACCUACAACAAGUCCGGGGUCACCGUGUGGGUGCAGAUCCUGGAGGAGGAGAGGGCGCUGCACAAGAUCAAGUGCCGGAUGGAAUGUAAAGAUGUGUCCGCUGAGGUUCUCUAUGACGUUCUACACGAUGUGGAAUAUAGGAAGAAAUGGGACUCCAAUGUCAUUGAGACCUUUGAUAUCGGGAGACUGACCGUCAAUGCCGAUAUUGGGUAUUACUCAUGGAAGUGUCCGAAACCAUUAAAGAACCGAGAUGUCAUCACUCUGCGCUCCUGGCUGCCAAUGGGGAAGGAUUACAUCAUCAUGAACUACUCUGUGAAACAUGCGAAAUACCCCCCGAAAAAGGACCUGGUGAGAGCAGUGUCCAUCCAGACAGGCUACCUCAUCCAGGGAGGGGGCCCCAGCAACUGUACCCUCAUCUACCUUGCCCAGGUGGACCCCAGAGGGUCUUUGCCGAAGUGGGUGGUGAACAAGUCCUCACAGUUCCUGGCACCAAAAGCCAUGAAGAAGAUGUAUAAGGCUUGCCUGAAGUAUCCGGACUGGAAGAAGAAGCACAACCCCCAACAUAAGCCCUGGCUGUACCCCGAGCAGAGCGUCCUCCCGACCAUCAGCUUGUCGGAGGUGUCCGUCCUGCACGCCGACUCCCUGGAGAACAUAGACGAGAGCUGUGUGGCAGAGACCAAGGAUGACCGGGGGGAGGGCAGCGACGAGGACAGCGUCAACUGACCCUGCGGACCCUCCACCAGACUCUUAUGCCAUGAUGGGGCCCCUCAGGUCCCCAGCUCUUCGGAUGUGGAGUCGGUGAAGAGGGACCAAGUGGGGGAGGGGGAAUAGGUUUUAAAGGGGAAGAAUUGAUUUUUAUACCAAACCCAAUGGUGCCGGGUUCUGCUAGAAUCAUGUGUGUCAGUGACUAGGAUGACGAGGCUUCGGAUCUGGUCACAUGCUCAUCGCCAUGACAACUCUACAAGUGCGGGCUCACCCUGUCACACUGUAACGAACCUUCAGAAGCGGGCUCUGUCCACAUUUGUUUUUAGGGAAUUUAAUGUUUCAGUCGUCUCUUUUGUGAUUGUGAGUGUACGGCGUCGGCGGCGGCAUGACGGGCAGGCAUCGGGUGGAGGUGGCAGUGCCCUCUGACACAUCUGCUUACCAUAGAAAUAUUAAACAUUUAUUCUUAUUUAA